GUUGACUAUCAAGAAAUGAGGGUUAGGACGUCAUGUGCUGGACUGCAAAAUCUUCUCCAAGACUGAGCUUCAGUGUCAAACACUACUCUAAGCAUAACCAUCUUCAAACAGUAUGUCUUUAUAGUAAAAUAAAACCAAAAAAAUGCCACAUCCUGGGCUGUUCAGGAAGUACGUGCACACAGAGGACUCUGGCACCUGGAAGCAUCCUGACAUGGAGAUUAUUUUCGUGCAAGGAAGAAACAAAACUCCCUUCCAAAAGGACACAAAAUACAUCCAUAACAACAUCAGAGCUUUUGUACAAGAAUCUUCUGAAAUCAGAGAAGGAAAACUGGAACGACAUUUCAACAAGAUACAAAGCUAUGACAAAAAGAAUUAAGGAAAGAUUAGAAGAAUUGCACAAGUAUUCAUUCAAUUCAGAAAGCCCAAGGAUCAGGUUUGGAGAGAAUGUGUACUUUGAAGAGAAUGGCUGCAUAUUUCUUUCAAAAGCAGAUGAUGAUGAAGAAAAUGUUGACAUUUUAUUCAGUACUGAAGAUCUUGGCUUUUCUAAUGCCUUUAUUCAACGGAUGAGAAUUUCGCCAGAUCAGAGAUACAUGGCUAUCGGCUUAAAAAGUGAAAAUUCUGAAGAGGCAACCUGCGUUAUUAUGAAACUUGGUAAUUUUCCUGUUGUGGAAGAAGUAAUUCCAAACAUAUUUAGUUUUGAAUGGGCUACAAAUGAUGUUCUGUAUUACACAAGUCAGAAGAACCUUAAGUGCCAGAAUGUGUUUAUGACCACUUUCACUAAUCAGAAGCAUACUAAGUUAGUUUAUACAGAACAAGAUGCAAGAUUCUUUGUGGACAUAUAUUGCACAAAAGAUAGACGUUUUCUCACUAUAAACAGCAACAGCAAGACAACCUCAGAAGUUUGGCUGGUUGACUGCAGGCAUCCUUUUAAGUCACCCACUCUUGUACAAGCACGGACAAAAGGGGUCAUUUACCACAUUGAGCACAGAAAUGAUGAGUUAUAUAUUCUUACUACGUAUGGAGAACCUGCAGAAUACAAGUUGAUGAAGGCACCAGUAGCUUCCAGUGGCAUGGAGAACUGGCAGUUAGUUUAUGCACUGAAAGAGAAAACCAAGCUAGUAGACUUGGAGAUGUUCAGUGAUCACUGUAUUCUGUUCCUGAAGAAUGCGGGCCAUCUUUACUUAAAUGCGAUUUCUUUUGUUUCACAUUCAGUUCAGUCAAUAAAGCUACCUAUGUGGGCCUGCGAAUUUGAAUUGGAGUCUCAUCCUGAACAUACCACCAGCACUUGCUAUUUUCAGCUCACCUCCCCAGUACACCCCUCUAAUCGUUUUGCAUAUUCAUUUAAAGAAAAUAAUCUCAUUGAACAAGCUGUGCAAGAGGUACCAAUUAUUACGAAUUGUCACACUACACGUUUACUAGCUAAAAGCAAGGAUGAAACUUUGGUGCCAAUUACAGUUUUUCAUAAUACGAAUUCUAAAGAGCUACACAGGAAACCACUUCUAGUUCAUGUAUAUGGAGCUUAUGGCAUAGAUUUGAACAUGAGCUUUAAAGAAGAGAAGCUGAUGUUAAUUGAAGAGGGUUGGAUAUUAGCAUAUUGCCAUGUUAGGGGUGGAGGAGAGCUAGGCCUUAGCUGGCACAAAGAUGGAUGUCAGCAUAAUAAACUCAAAGGUCUCCAUGACCUUAAGGCUUGCAUCAUGCUGCUGCACGAACUAGGAUUUUCUCAGCCGAAAUAUACAGCACUAGCAGCUGCCAGUGCAGGAGGAGUUCUUGCAGGAGCCCUGUGCAACACUGAUCCAGAACUUAUCAAAGCCAUGGUUUUACAGGCUCCUUUCGUGGAUGUUCUAAAUACAAUGAUGAAAACUCAUCUCCCACUGACAACUGAAGAACAGGAAGAAUGGGGAAAUCCAUUGGCAGAUGAAAAUUGUAUGAAGUAUAUAAAAAGCUAUUGUCCAUACCAGAAUAUUAAGACACAGUGUUAUCCUUCAGUUUUUAUCACGGCAUAUGAAAAUGAUCAACGGAUACCGCUAACAGGAGUUCUACGAUAUGUUCAGAAACUUAGGAAGGCUGCACUGGAUCAUGCCAAUACAGCAAGUAAGAAAGGAAACUGGAUCCCUAAUAUAAUCUUAGACAUCCAGGCAACUGGCAGUCAUUGUGAUUCAUCUUGGGAGGAUUCACUGAACGAG